CACGUAGGAGUCGAUAGGAUUUGGAAAGGAGUAGGCGAAGGGGAAGAGGAGAUUACUUCGCUGCUCCAUUGAACAAAAACCCCACCUUUAUCACCUCUCGUCCUCCGCCACGCCGCUUCUUCUCCCCGAUCCCGUCUCUUCCCGUCCCUAUUAAGCACUCAAACCCGUCUCUCGAUCUCGUUCGCUCUUGGAAUUCCCUCCGAGGCGAUGGCUUGAUGGAUGAUGAAUGUUUUCUCUAUCAAUGUAAGAUGUGCUCUGCUUUACUUUGUAGUUAGGAUUUCUUUAUCUGGACACAUCUUUGUUCCAGUGUAGCAGGAGUUCUGGUUCUGCAUUAGUGAGAGGAGUUAUUUCCUGUUACGCUACUGCACAAGUGCAGACUUUACUUUGUCCGCAUUGGAGAAAUCAAACUCCUUUCGGUUCCGAUAUGGAAGCAGGAGCAACCAAUGAAGAUUGUCAUGAGUUUGACAAGAUUCUUGAAGAGACACCAGAUGCUACUACAGGAUAUACUUGCACCAGAGAAUCUAUUCAAGGCUUUGAACCAAUCUCCUUAUUUGAAGUUAGGAGGUCUUCUGCUUCAAGUUACUUACGUGACCCAUUCAGUACUCUUCAGGCUUGGAAAGAUUAUGAUAUCAUCUCUUCGGACGACAACUUCACCAUGUCUAAGGCACCAUCGGAUCAGAAGGACGAUUUUCAUGACUACCAUGGAACAUUGACUGUGAAUGUCGAUCAGGAUGCAUCAAGCUUGCCAGAUGAUCAGUCGCUGACUUCAGCAUUCCAGGUUAUGAGUUUUCAGGAUAGGAUUGCAUCUAAUUCAAGUAAUACAUUUUUGGAGCACAAUCAAAGUUCAGUUAGUCAUGCUUUAUCAUUGGACGGCAAUCAAACAGCAUGCCUGAACAAGUGUUUUUCUGGAUUGGAUUCCACAGAAAGGGUUCCGUCACCUGGCAUGCUAAAUGGGGACUGUCUGCCCAAUCCAGAAUCGCAAGGUUACUCUGCUUUCAUCAUUAAGAAUGUGCCUAAUAAACAAUGUAGGAUAGUAGAUGGACAUCAUGAUGUAAGAUCCCUGAAGCCCAAUUUUCAUGACUCAAGGAGCCAAGUACCGAGUGUAUUGGAUGGUCGUAGAGAACAAUGGCCAAGCUUCCAAGGCCACUCUGCUGUUAUGCCUGUAAAGGCAGAUACGCAGACUUAUGUCCUUCCUGGUGUUCUGGCUGAGGGGAUUAAAUUUCCGGCUUCAUCAUUCCAGCAUCAGUAUUACAUGGAUGCACCAUCCCAUGCUUAUACACCUAAUCAGCAUCUAAGAAACUCCAAUAUAGCGUGGUACGGAAUGGAGAAUGAGAGAAACUAUAGAAGCCACCCUCAUUACCUACAACAGCCUAAUAAUCAUCAUCUAGAAGUGCAUAUUCAAAGAAGGAGAAACUCGGAAACUGAGCCGCCGUCGGGGAAUGCAUCACAAUCAUAUUAUGAGGAUGAAAUUGUGGGUAACAGGAGAUAUAAUCAGUUGGAUCCCUCUUUGCUGAGCGGUGAUGUCAGUAGAAACCACCUUAAUGAAUUUUCUAGCCAACUGCAGAGCUGUCUAAUUCCUCAAGCACAGAAGUUACCAUCUUCUUGUGGUUUAUAUUUUCCUGGCACAGAUUAUGGUGGAUAUAAUGUUUCAAACAGAUUCAGUAAACAAACAUUUCCCAGAAAAAAGUUGACAAUGUCUCAUGGAGUGAAUUCUCGACAAACUCUUAAAUCUGGUUCUAUGGGAAAUAAUCAAUUUCCAGAACAUGGUGGCAACUCUAGGAGGGAGGUAUCUUUUAAUUACGUUAACAGUGGUCUUGUUCGGUGUGAUGGAAUCCCCUACUUGGGUGUUCAGAGAAGCCAUGGUUCGUUUUCCAAUAUUGCUGAUGACAAAUAUGAUCUGAAUUCACCAUAUCUAAAAUAUUGUUCACUUGACAAUGUAAUUGGACAAAUACAUAUAUUAGCUAAGGAUCAAAAUGGUUGCCGCUUCUUGCAAAAGAUAUUUGAGGAAGGAAAUUAUGAAGAUAUUUAUAAGAUCUUUGUUGAGAUCAUUGAUCAUGUUGUUGAACUGAUGACUGAUAUUUUUGGGAACUAUCUUAUCCAAAAGCUGAUCAAAGUUUGUAAUGAGGAGCAAAUUACAAAGUUACUUCGUAAAAUUUCUGAUGGAGAUAGCGAACUCUUUCAGAUAUCGUGCAAUCAGCAUGGGACUCGUGUCAUACAAAAGAUAAUUGAAACUAUCAAAACUCCAGAGCAGUAUUCCUUGAUUGUCUCCACUCUAAGACCAUACAUUGUGUCAUUGAUAAAGAACAACAAUGGCAGUCACGUUGCACAGCGCUGCCUGCAACACCUUCCUGAUGAACACAAAGAGUUACUUUUUGAAGCUGUAGUUGCUAACGGCAUUGAGUUAGCAAGGGAUCGCCAUGGUUGUUGUGUGCUUCAGAAAUGCAUCUCUGAUCUGAAUACAGAGCAGAAGUUCCGACUAAUAUCCAAUAUGACACAUGAAGCUUGUGAUCUUUCUCAGGACCCUUACGGCAAUUAUGUAGUGCAAUAUAUUCUCAUUCAAGAGAUCCCAUGGGCAACUGCUGGAAUACUCGAUCAAUUGGACUUUCAUUAUGGAACCUUGUCCGUACAAAAAUAUAGUAGCAAUGUGGUGGAGAAGUGCUUGAAACACGCAGGGAAUGACAGACGUGUCAACAUAGUUUGGGAAUUGAUCAGUGAUCCUUAUUUCCACCAUAUCUUGCAGGAUGCUUUUGGGAAUUAUGUUAUCCAAUCAGCUCUUAGAGCAUGCAAGGGGCCACUUCGAGCCACUUUGAGUGAGGCCAUUAGGCCCCAUGAGGUGGCACUCCGUAGUCAUCCUUACGGGAAGAAAAUACUCUCCAGUGCAUACUAUGGUAAAUAACUUGUAUCGUUUUGGUUGAUCAUUAGGAAGCUGAUGACAUUUUGCACAGUGCAACCAGGGAACUGGAAACAGUUUUUGCAGUUCAUGUAAUCUAUGUGUAACACCGCAAUAAGUCAGAAAGACGCAAGAUUCAGCUUUUAGUACUCCGCAAAAUUGGGUGCCCCAUGGCACAUUAAAUGAGCAAAACAGGUUGACGCUAGCAUUUCUUGUUCUGGUUCAAACUUGUCGCAUAUGUUAAAGUAGUUGUUUAACAAGGGGAUUAUGUAGAAACAGUUUAGUAUCUCAUUGUUGUUUAUUUUAGUUUAUUUAUUUGUCUGGUGGAUUAUGAUUUGCCAUUGUCGCAAUUCCUUUCCUGUAUACUCUUCCUUGUUCAUUGUUAUAUGAUACAGAAGGUUGUCUCGAAACAACAA